CAAAAAACGUGCCGAAUGGGGGAAAAGCCCGUUUGUCGUGCGGAGCCCCCUUUGCGGCGAGGGUGAAACCCAGGAGCCCAUUGCAGGACUCUGCUGCGCCUCCGUGGCCGCGUGCCUGGCUGAAAGCUCUGGGUUACCGUCAUUGGCAUCGCUGCUGUCUGCAAGUGAGGUGAUUGACUUGCCCAGUGUGCCACGUUGGUGCUUUUCAUCAGGGCACUGGUGUCCCUGAAGUCAGUCCCCGAGUGCCCCGGGAGCGGGCGAUGACCGACGCCGUGGUGGGCGGCAGCUCCGACCGGUGGAUGUGCCCCAGCGACAGGACCAUGUCUGUCCGAGCCAGCAGCGAGAAGGAGCAGCUCCCCUCCGGCUGGGGCGGCCAAGCCGACCGGCAGCGCAAGGGCGAGGAGCUGACGGAUGAGGAGAAGGAGAUCAUCAACAGGGUCAUCGCCCGCGCCGAGAAGAUGGAGGAGAUGGAGCAGGAGCGCAUCGGGAGGCUGAUGACCAGGCUGGAGGACAUGCGCCGCAGCGUGCUGGGGGACGGGGUGAACCGCUGCAUCCUGUGUGGGGAGCAGCUGGGUCCGCGUGGGUCUGCCUGUGUCGUGUGUGAGGACUGCAAGAAGAAUGUCUGCACCAAGUGCGGGGUGCAGACCACCAACAACCGGCCCCACGCCAUCUGGCUCUGCAAGAUCUGCAGUGAGCAGCGGGAGGUGUGGAAGCGCUCUGGUGCCUGGUUCUUCAAGGGUUUGCCCAAGCAGAUGUUGCCCCAGCCGAUGCCCGUCAGCAAGAACAAGGGACCCCAAGCCCCGAGCGAGCCCAGCCCGGCAGAACCGCCCACCCCAGACCCCAAAGUGUCUUCCCGGGCACCCACCCGAGGCAGCGACACGACGGCAUCCCCCAGGGGGAGCCGCAGGCCGGCCGAGGGCCGGGCGGGUCCGUGUGGCAGCGAGGACACCGGUGGGGACACCGAGAGCCGGGACUACGGUGCCGAGAGCGGGGUCAGCAGAAGCCCUGGUGUGAAGAGAACCAACUCCGUUCAAGCCUCACGGCCGCCCCCACCAGCCACUGCCGGACCCGCUGCGGGUCCCGCUCCGGCGGCAGCACCCGCAGCAGCGAGGCCGGGCCCCGGGGCGGGCGGGCGGUUCCCGGAGAGACAAGCGAGCCCACCGCUGGGACCCUCAGAGCCGGCCCGCGCUGCCACCAGGGAGGAGCGAGGAGGGGGCUACGCUGCACCCCCCGCCAGGGAGGAGAGGCCGGCCUGGCAGCCCCCCGCCUUCCAGCAGCCCCCCGCCGCCACACCCGCAUCCGCAGCCCCGCAGCGGCAGCGGCAGCAGCAGCAGCCCCAGGAGGAGGAGGAGGAUGCAAACAGCUAUGACUCUGAUGAAGGCACCACGCUGGGAGCUCUGGAGUUCAGCCUGCUCUACGACCAGGAGAACAGCUCCCUGCACUGCACCCUCAUCAAGGCCAAGGGCUUAAAACCGAUGGACUCCAACGGCCUGGCUGAUCCCUACGUGAAGCUGCACCUCCUGCCUGGAGCCAGCAAGUCAAACAAGCUGAGGACGAAGACGCUGCGCAACACCCGCAACCCCGUGUGGAACGAGACCCUGGUGUACCACGGCAUCACGGAUGAGGACAUGCAGAGGAAAACCCUCAGGAUCUCAGUGUGUGAUGAAGACAAAUUUGGCCACAACGAGUUUAUUGGAGAAACUCGAGUUUCCUUGAAAAAACUCAAAGCGAAUCAGAAAAAGAACUUCAACAUCUGCCUGGAGAGAGUAAUACCAACAAAACGUGCUGGAACAACCGGUGCAUCCCGUGGGAUGGCUCUGUAUGAAGAGGAGGUAGAUCGUGGUGGGGACGUGGAGGAGCGUGGGAAGAUCCUGGUGUCCCUCAUGUACAGCACCCAGCAGGGCGGGCUCAUCGUGGGCAUCGUGCGCUGCGUGCACUUGGCGGCCAUGGACGCCAACGGGUACUCGGACCCCUUCGUGAAGCUUUGGCUGAAACCUGAUAUGGGAAAAAAGGCCAAGCACAAGACACAGAUUAAGAAGAAAACGUUGAAUCCUGAGUUUAACGAGGAGUUCUUCUAUGACAUAAAACACAGUGAUCUGGCCAAGAAGUCACUGGACAUUUCAGUCUGGGAUUACGACAUUGGAAAAUCCAAUGACUACAUUGGCGGUUGCCAGCUCGGCAUUACGGCCAAGGGUGAGCGCUUGAAACACUGGUAUGAAUGCUUGAAGAACAAGGACAAGAAGAUUGAGCGCUGGCACACCCUCCAAAACGAGAACCACGUUGCCAGUGAUUAAAGGGAGCUGCUGCCCCACGCUCCCCAACAGCCCAUCCUCUGCCAAGCCCUUGUAGAUCUCUGAUGUCCGUCUUCCAGCGCAGUCAUGCCUUGCUACAGCCUCCGGUCCCAGGGCAGCGAUGCUCUUCUGCCUCCUCUGAGCAUCCUCCGUCCUCACCUCCACCUGAAAACCAACCCAGACCUUUCAUAUUCUCUUCCUCUGUUUAUUUUUUGUUUUGGGAGGGAGGUCAUUGAGUUCCCCUGCUGUGUAAUUUUGUCAAGCAAUAGUUCCCUCCUGACUGUUCCUCUCUCUCACUGGUCUCACAUGCCCUGUGGUAGCGUUCCCGUUGUGUGUCCGAUGCUCUGUGUUCCUCCAGCCUCUGCUCCUCUGGCUCAUCCCAUUGCCACUGGCUUGUGGCUCUGGCAUCUCCCAGUGGGAUGUGCAGCCACCAGUCUGGCCGUGCUCCUGUCAGGCACUGGGGUGUGGAGUGCUGGUGUUGGAGCAUCAGCCUGUUCUGCUUGUGUGAUAUCGAUACCUCAGUUGCAAUAAUGAAAAAGCUCUUUGGCUUUGGUGUGGGUCGUCACCGUCUCCUGGUGUCUGUGUUGUCAUGAUUAGGCCAAAGCCUGUGUCACUGAUGUAAUCCUGCGAGUCCUGCUUGAGCUUUACUUCUGGUUUGGUCCACUUGAGCAAUAUUGUGGCACAUCCUUUGCUGAGAAGAUCCACCAAUAACACAAUAACAGUUAUGAGGAAUAGGGAGCUCUGUGCUCGCAGGGAAGCAGGUUUGGGUUGGUUCAUGUGGUUCCUUUUGCCUGAGGAACUCACACACUGUUGCUGUAGGAGCCCACCCAUGUUUCAAGGUUGUGACUACCUCCUCUUCACCUCUGAGCUGUGUAGUAGUGACUGAGCCCUGAGGGCAGUCCCUGGGCCCCCUCAGACCACCCCUCCUGCUGCCGAGCGUUUGCCGUGCCACGCUCAGGAGGGAAGCCGAGGGAGAUGGCACUUCCCACCAAGUAGCUGUGUGCAAGGAUUAUUGCUUUGAAUUGCUUCAAAACACCACAACUACUGAAAUUAGCUGGGAUGUUUAGAGGUCUUCCAAACUUUGGUUGUUUUGGUUUUGUUUUGUUUUGUUUCCGAUUCUGCACAAGAACCAUUGUCUUCAACCUGCGCUUUAGUUAUCUCCUGGAGCUGUUCCAUCUGUCCUCGAUAGCAGGAGAGCAAAGACAUUCUCAGACUGAUGCUGGUCAGGUUUGGUACCAUUUGCUGGCUCUGGAUAACCUCAAGCAUAGUUGAUAGUAGCACAAUAAGCACUAUGGAAUAUAUUGUCAGUGGGCUACACACUGAGCAUGUUGUAUGAAACCUCAGCCCUUCCAGUCCAUGACUCCCCGUGCACCCGCUGCUGCAGUCGACUGG